GAAGCCACAGCCAAGGCGAGAAAACGGAGGCGGGGGAGGUAUUUAAGCCAUGACGUCACGACAAUAACAAACACUCCUCGACCCCGCCGGCGGCCAGGCAGAGGACGCUUCCCACCCAUAUUACACCCUUAUAAAGCCUCUGUGACAUAUAUAACAUAACACUAUAGCAGCCCUCAAGGAGUCAUGGUCUCUGUGCGCAUGAUGGGGCGAAUGGUGCCCAGGCUGAAGGUGACUUAUCGGCCCUGGAGCAGGAGAACCCCAGCUGUCCCCAUGGCUCAGCCUGCCCAAGUGAGGCACUUCUACCGUGGCCCCUUCGGCAGAGAGCCCUUCACACAGAUGGAGGAGUUCAUGAGGGACAUGGAGAGAAGAUUCAAGAGGGAUGUUGAGGACACAAUGGGUUCAUUUUUCAGAAAUUUCCCAGGGAGAGAGCUGCCAGCCACAGGAGUGGUGACCAGGACUGCCCAGCCCAGCUUUGGUGAGAUGGAGAAUCUGUCAACACCUGAAAAGUACAAGCUGAACUUCUACUUCCCCAGCAGCAAGCCUGAAGACAUAAAGGUCAACCUCAAAGGACGCACUCUGACCAUCUCUGGCCAAGCAAUUGUGGAGACAGAGAAUUCAAAGUCCUCUCAUGAGAUGAGUAUGGAGUACCAACUGCCUGAGGAUGUAGAACUUGAGGCUUUAGAAUCUAGUCUCUCAAAUGAAGGAUUGUUAACAGUUGAAGCCCCUAGAAAUCCAGCGGCCAGUCCAGAGGCUCCCCAAGCAAUACCCAUCAAUAGAGAAUGAGAACCAGGUGUGCAUGCAGCUGUGGUUAUGAUGAAAUUGCAUCUAAAUAUGAUAGUGAGUACAGAUGAAGUAGCUGAAGGUAGAGGGUAGGAUCGAGGCUUUGCAUCCCCAUAAAGUAAGGAAAGCAGAGAGGUUGUGUAAUGUUUCCCUCCUUCCUGUUAGUAAGACAUUUCCUCAUAGCUUUACAUAGAUGCUUCUCGUUUGGGAAUAAGCAAAUAUUGUAUUCAAGAAAUAUAAAUAUUUUUUUUUUGUAUUCCCUUGAGGUUGUUCAUUGUACUACCGGAUGUAACCAGAUAGAUUCAUUGAAGUGUGUAUUGAAGUAAAAAAGAAAAUAUAAAAUGAAAAAGUG